UACCGAGGUACAGUGAAAAAGCUUUUUUGUGUGCCAUCCAAGAAAGCGAAAUGUCGUCCACAGGGAAGGAAAUAACAUUUAGUGUAAGAUAAAGUCCGAUUAAAGAUAAACCGAAAGUCAAAUGAGGGUGAUGGUAGCUCAUGCACGCUUGCUUGCGGGUGACAGGAUGGUUCAGUUGUCGGUGCACAGCUGGGAAGAAACUGUCCCUGAAUCUGGAGAUAUGCAUUUUCAAACUUCUGUACCUCAUGGGAGGAGAGGAGGGAGUUGCCGGGGUGAGUCUCGUCCUUGAUUGUGCUGGUGGCCUUGUUGAGGCAGCGAGGAGUGUUGAUGGAAGGAAUAUAUACACAAAAAGCUGGAGUAACUCAGCGAGACUGGCAGCAUCUCUGUAGAGGAGGAAUGAGUGACGUUUCCGGGCGAGACCCUACUUCAGAAGGAAGACUUACACCAGUUCGGUGGUCACGAUACAGCCGCAAUUACCUGGAGCCUGAGAUCAACAAGGAACGACACCAGAUUCCAACUACCGAGCUUAGCACAGAAGAGAAAGCAGCAAUGGAGCUGAAGGCGGUACAACCAAUAAAGGCUGCCCCGAAUGACAAAACAAGCAGCGUCUUCGGUGACCCCAUGAUCAACAAAUUCACCAACAUGAUGAUGAAGGGAGGUCAGAAGCUGCUGUCUAGGUCGAUCAUGAGCAAGACCUUUGAAUCGAUAAAACGGAAGCAGAUUGAAAGUUACCACAAGUCUUCCGAGUCUGAAAAGGACGCCAUUGAAUGUAACCCACACAAGAUCUUCCAUCAGGCUCUGGAGAAUUGUAAGCCUGUCAUUGGGUUAAUCAGUGUGCAACGAGGUGGCAAGUCUUACCAGGUUCCGACGCCACUUAAGGACAACCGUAGGCGUUUUCUGGCCAUGAAUUGGUUAAUUACUGAAUGCCGUGAGAAUCGGCACCGGCGCACACACAUGCAUGAAAAGCUGUCCCAGGAGCUACUUGCUGCCUUUAAAAACGAGGGCAAUGUGGUCAAGAGAAAGCAUGACCUUCACAAAAUGGCAGAGGCAAAUCGAGCCUUCGCCCACUACAGGUGGUGGUGAGGCAGAGCACAGGACACAAGACUAUGAGCAGUAGAGUUAACCAGCAGCACAGGCCGGAAGGAAUGGCCCUGUCUCUACCUUGAUGUUCAAAACUUUAUACAUUAUACAGUUACGAUAGU